GGCCUUGCCGGCGGGAAAUAAAGGAAGUGGGCGAACGGCGGCUGCGUACUCCGCACGCCUCCAGGACUUUACUUCAGCCUCCCUCGCCUGGUCUCGGACCCCCUGGUCCCCGCCGCCCGUCUCUCGGCCUCCUGCCGCGGCUGCCGGGUGGGCUGCUGACUCGGGACCCCUACAAAGCCGGAAGCAAGUUGAGCCCUGCAAGGCUGCCGGUGCCAUGGAUUCUCAGAGAGUUAGAGGUGUUGGGCCGUGAACUGCCUGCGCCAGCUUACCUGGAGGAGGACCACGAUGAUGAGCUCCAGACAGAUGGCAACCGGAGCAGCCACUUCCUGGAUAGCGAGGAGACAGAUUCUGAGAGUCAAGAGGAAAUCAUCCAAGAUAUCGCCAGGCAGCUUGCCCAAAUAGGGGACAGGAUGGAUCACAGCAUCCACCCAAGACUGGUGAAUAACCUGGCAAUACAGUUUAUGAAUGUGAACCUGUCGGAAGAAGACAGAAGGAAGCACCUUGCUGCUACACUGGAGCAGGUCCUGCAGACUUACCCAAAGGAUAUGGAGAAGGAGAAGACCAUGCUCAUGUUGGCCAUGGUACUGGCCAAAAAGGUGGCCGACCACACACCGUCCUUGCUCCGUGAUGUCUUUCGCACAACAGUGAACUUUAUUAACCAGAACCUACUCACGUAUGUGAGGAACUUAGUCAGAAAUGAGAUGGACUGAGUGCACGACUCUGCAAAAGUGCGACUGAUGAAAACUUGACGUGGUGACAAGGGCACACCUGCCUCCAGUGGAAACGGAGCCAAGGCUGUGUAAGCAGCGCUCUUAGAGAAGAUGGGCUCAAAAUAAUAUGUAUUUAUUUCCUACUGUUUUAAAGAUGUUUUAAGCAGGUGAUUUGUUUAGAAAUUUUAACUUGACAUACUUGAAUGAAAAUGUCAACUUGCACAGAUUUGAAUGAGUUUCAUACCAUCUUCUAAAUCCACUACACAGUGUGCCUUUAUCUUAUUUCACCUGUACAGGUGUUCACUUGGAAAUUAAAUUUAAGAACAGAUUGUAAGGCAGAAGAAAAAGACAAGGUUUUUUUUUUGUUUAAGGAAAAAAAAAAACCAAUGUUUUUUUGUUUUUAAAAAAACUACUGUUUAUUAAAAUGCAGCCUUGAGGUGUGUCUGACAGCUGGCAGUAUUUGAGGAGAAUGAAGUCUGGAGACUGAUGUCCUUAGUCCUCACAAGUGAACAAUUCCUCUCAAUGCAGGGAACAUCUUAAUACUAAGGAAGUAACAGUCUUCCCAUUUAAAAACCAAACAGUAUAAGAGGUUCUGGACUAAAAUUCUGUACUCAAACAAUGGGAAAAUCAGGCCUCAAAAUGUGAUUUUUUUCAACUCGAUUUCCUUUUGAGUCAAGAAGGACCAUAGGCAAUUAAAAGGUAUGGAGGUCAUUUAAGGGCCCAUGUCAACCACAGUUUCCAAAAUCAGGUAACUAAAUGUACCUUUUCUCUUUCUAAGCCAGCUUAAAAGGCUCUGAUAAAAAUUUUAAGCUGGUGGAGUAUCAGAACUACUGCAUAUAGCCCAUGGGGGAAUGUCUGUUAAUAAUCUUGUAUUUUCAUUUUCCUCCCAUAAUUCCUCAGCUCACCCUUGCCCAAGAAGCUACAUCUGAAGAAAACAGAUUUCUAGGCAUAAAAGAUGAAAGACUAGUUAGACGUUUUUUUUCUUUUUUCUGAGAAAAAAAAA